GGCUCGGCCCCGCCCCUUCCGCCCGAGAGCCGCCGGCCCCUCAUCUCGACUUGGCUGCGGCCCGUGGUGAGGGCGGCGGCCGCGAUGUCGGACAAGGAGUUCAUGUGGGCCCUCAAGAAUGGCGACCUGGACGAGGUGAAGGACUACGUGGCCAAGGGUGAAGACGUGAAUCGAACUCUGGAAAGUGGGCGGAAGCCUCUUCACUACGCGGCGGAUUGCGGGCAGCUUGAGAUCCUGGAGUUCCUUCUGCUGAAAGGAGCUGAUGUUAAUGCUCCAGACAAACACAGUAUCACUCCACUCCUUUCAGCAGUCUAUGAAGACCACAUGUCUUGUGUGAAGCUACUCCUCGCAAAGGGUGCGGAUAAGACGGUGAGAGGACCGGACGGACUCACUGCCUUGGAGGCGACCGACAAUCAGGCGAUCAAGGCUCUUCUCCAGUGAUGGAUGGAUGGACUGAGAUCUCACGUCUCUCCCGUGGCCUCACGCUGCUGCCUGUCUGUCACUCUUUGUAUCUUCCAGCUUCUUCCACUAAAGAUUGGGGUGGGGGGAGGGAAAACCACCACUGUAACCCCGACCCAUUAGGGCUCCUCUAAAAGAGACGGAAGGCCCCUCUGGAGAGAGCAGAGAUCCAUCUCACUGGCGUCUCCUUAGGACUGUUUUUUUUUAAAGGCACAUUCUUUCCCCCUCUCCAGCAGGACUGGACACCUGCUAGGAAAAGGGAGAAGAGCGUGGUCUGAAACGCGGCCUGUACACUUUUCUGAUUCUCCUAGGAUUUCUGGAAAGUUUUUGAAAGGGUAGCACUGUUCUGUGCUUUCUCGUUUUGUUAAGGCGCUGGAAACCUUGGGCUUUUACACCUUCAUUUUGAAAUCAUGGUAGCGGAACGGCUUCAGUCGAGCUGCAUCCUCAUGCCUUCGGGGAACCUGCAAUAACGGGGGCUUCUGGAAUUAGUGCAUAAUAUCCCAGUCUUUAAGAAUUGGCCGCCACGUUAAUCCUUUUUUCCUAAAGAAUAUAUUGAAGAAUCGUGUGUUGCUCCCACUACCCAACUUUCUAGUUGAGAAACAGCCAUAUUGGGAAAACGGCGCUCUUUGUGAGGUGCCUGAUUGGGAAUUCCUCACUUCUGCAUCCUAAAAUGUGCCGGAACAGAGAUGGCUUCAGACUCCCGAGUGCUAGAAGAUCCUUGCUUUGCCCUGGAGACUGAAAUGUCUUAAUUCAUAAGCUGAAAUGGCUCUCAGUCUUUGAGGCUAAUAUCAUUCCUCUGAAGAAAGCCAAAACGUUUUAUGCUUUAGCUGUAUCCUUAGCACACAGAUCUUAUCAGUGCUCCAUGCCCCUGUGGAAUGAGAUCCGAUUCACUCUUUUAGUGUUGUAUUUGGAAACAAAACAAAAAAAUUCAGUUCCACAGGCUCAGCGGUCACAGGAUGGGCUGCAGCUCCUGCCCAGUAAAGGAGAGUAGUUUAUACAGGUCUCUUCGCCAACACUUUUCAAACGUAGCUUUCUUAGGGACGUUGACUCAUAAGACUUUGCGUUCUGCUAAGGCUUGGUUGGUUUGGAGUUGCCGGUAGAAAUAGCGCUUGAAUACUCUUACUCAAAAACCCAUCGACCUUCUCAAUCAGAGUUGUCCAGGCUUCCCAUCGAGAUUUGUGAUAUCCUCCAAGAUACGUGUUGUCAGGUUUUGUAUAUGCAUUUAUAGCACUGAUGGUAUCUUUUCCUCAUUUUUAAAAUGUUUGCUUUCACUGAAAAAUCAAGCAAUCGAUUCACUGUUCCAGAAAGAGAGAAUAUUAUCUAGUACUCGCAGCUGAGAUUGUGUUGCAUUUCUCUCUCCCGGCCGCUGAUAACUGCUCAUUGGAGUCAAGCAAAGGAGCAGCCGUGAGGGAAAGAGAGACGUUUAGUGAAGAGUCGUGAAUACAGAGCCCUGUAAUUGUUCUCUGGGGCUGGAUGCAGUGGAGCAAGCUGGAGAUGUAUGGUCUUUGUAGGCCUGUUUCUACCUUGGUCUUUCUGCGCUACAGGAAAAGGAUUGAUGAAGAGGCUGAGCAGUAAACAGAACUGUUAAGACGGUUUGACUUGCCUCUAAAAUUCUAGCUUGGAUCGUUGGUUUCUCGAGUCUAAUCUAAAGGUCUCUGCUCGUGGAAGCCGUUCCGAUUGGUAAAAUGGGGGGGGGGGAUUCUAAAAGCGCUUUCGCAGCCGGCUGUUUUCACCAGUAGUCCUCCUAGUACCGUACAAUCUCGGGCCGCUUGGUUCUUCUUUCCAGCAUCUUGGCCUUGGCUUUUCAGUCGUUGCAAGUUUCAUUGUUUCGUAGGCAUCUCUGUUUUUUUCCCUUCCCCAUCUUAGUUUCAGAAAGAGAGCAGAUGAACGACCAUCUUCUCAGCACCCUGGCCCGGCCAGCCCUAAUCACUUUCAUAAUCUUUAUUAAAGCGAAACAUCCUUGGCUUUGCCGCCGUGUAAAAAGAUCCCUUGGUUUUUGGCCGGAACAUUACGAAGUCCAGUUAAUUUUGGAUUCAUCCGCUUUAGGGUGUGGGUAGCGUGCGAUCCCCUCUUCCAAGAAGGAAGAUAGGGGGCGCUGGUUGCUCAUACCGAUCCUUAGCUGGAAGCAGCGCAAGGACCUCUUGCCGGUAGGAGACUUUGCAGUUGGGCGAUUGAAGCUAACGAUCCCAAACCUCUUGACAGCCCUGUCACUUCCUUUCAGAUUCCAGUCUGAACCAACGUCUUGUGGUCUCAGAGCUCACUUGCUCCCCUUUGUACAGGCGUCGCUUUUCUAACUUAGUUUUCGUUCUUCUGCAACUAGUUAAACGAGUGGCUAGAAGAAGCUGGUUAAGAGUGGAACGUCCUCAGCGGAGCGGUUGCCACGUUGCAUGCAAAACCCCCCACGGGAAAGUCUUCUGUUGGAUCAGUGGAGAAACGGUCAUAUCUUUCCUACCCAACGCUGGAAGCAAAAACCGUGCUUUGUGCAUUUUGAUAUUUGAUCUCUUUCCAGGACGGUAACUGUUUUUUUCCACAGUUGGGUUUAUCGUUAUCAUGGUUCAUGCACAUCUGACUGCUAAAUGAAGCUUUGUUUCAGUUUGUGUUGCAAGAAUGAAUGGAAUAAACUUGAACUGUGUUCUA